GCGAUUCCAUCGGCUCAACAGAAAAACUCAUCCCUUUCCUAUCUUACUACCGAAACCUUACCCGAUAUAAUUCACAUCGGUAAAAAAAAUUUCUCACUCCAUCACCACCUGUUCCUUUCCUCAGUUUUUCCACCUCUCUUCAUUCAGCUCAUAAACCCCGCCACCCCAGAUUGGCAAACAUGGCGAACGCUUCAACCCCAUUCGCCCUCCAGUCUUUGCUGGAGAAGAUGUCUUCUCCAGAUUCCGAUUACCGUUUCAUGUCCCUGAAUGACUUGCUUUCGAUUCUUACUAGCCCGAAUGCUAGUUUGACACAGGCUGAUAGCAACCUUACAAGUAGAGUCAUUGAUGGAGUUGUUAAGGCACUUGACGAUGCAAACGGUGAAGUACAGAAUCUAGCAGUCAAAUGGUUUGUCAACCACCAGAGCUAUCCCCCGAGCUCUAACAACACAUUUAAGAUUAAUCUCGCACCUAUUCUGCGCGAUGAUGUACUAUGUACCCAAAACAAUGCAGGUCAAUAAGGGUCAUGCUAAACUGGGUUUUCCUCCUUAGUCUUGGACCAUUGGUCUUGAAAGUUCGAGAUAGCCAAAUCGCUCCCCUCAUCGACCGUCUAACGACUCUCUCUAUGACCUCUACGGACCCUUCAAUCCCUUCCACCGCUCUCAGAACUAUAAUUUCAAGUCUUCCACGUCCUGUCGCUGUUUCUUCCGUCACACCGGGUUCUCCGGUAUUGGUUCAGAAACCUGAUGCCAUUCACCAAACCAUUGCCGCCGCUGUGCAAGCUAUCCAGAACACACUUUAUCCCAAAUUUCUGGUUCUACUAAGGCCCAACACGGAGUCCGCUAAGGGCGGCGGUGCUAGCCUCGACAGUAUCGAUCUAUUGAUUGAGACACUAAAGUGCUUUGGCCCCGUUCUCGGCGGAAAAGAGGUCGAACAGCUUCAGGUUGCCGUCAUGGAGUUAUUGGAAAGUGAUAGAACAAGUCAAGUUGUUAAGAAGCGAGCUGUGACUUCUUUGAGUUUACUUUGCGUCUACUCUCCGGAUGAGCUACUGUCCAGUUUUAUUAAUCAUUUAAUCGAGUCCUUUCGAGCCCAAGGCAAACAUGUUAACCCAACACGCCUUCGUUUGCUCGUUUCGGUAACAGGGGCCUUGGCGAGGGACAUUCCUGAUAGAUUUGGCCCAUACCUUAAGACGUUAUGCCCAUUUAUUCUCUCUGUGGUCGAUGGGAAGGAUAUCCAAGACCGAGAGCUGGGCGAUGAACCGGAGAUGGAAAUGGAUGAGGUUCGUGAAGCAGCGCUUGUCAGUUUGGAAAGCUUUAUGAGCUUCUGCACAAGCAACAUGACAAGAUUUACGGAAGAUGUUUUGAAUGCCGGGAUGAUCUACCUGAAAUAUGAUCCCAACUAUGCCGACCCCGCUGAUGAGGAAGAUGACGAGGAGAUGGGCGGAACACAAGACGAUGGCGAUGAAGACGAUGGCUUUGGAGGCAGUGAUGAUGAAGACGCAUUUGAAGAGGAUGGUAACUUCUCGGAUGAAGAUGAUAUCAGCUGGAAGGUUAGACGAUGUGCGGCAAAGCUACUUUCAACGGUUUUAUCGACUAGAGCCACAGACUUGAUUCUUGGAGAACAGGAAGGAGGUGGGAAAGCGUACAAACAAGUUGCUCCAUUGCUUGUUGAGCGCUUCCAUGAACGUGAGGAGAAUGUGAGGUUGGAAGUCCUCGCAACUGCUACGGUAUUGGUGAGGAAGACAGGAGAGGUUGCACAAGGAACAUUUACACCAUCUUCUCCCUCCAGGGACCGGCGAGGAAGCACGGACAUAGUCAUGGGGCCCCCACCUAAGAGGAGGCGUGGUUCAGAUGCCUCAAUGCUUGAUUCUGCGGCUUAUGAUGUUCCCCCGCAGAGCUCCGAUGAGAAUGGCGUAAAAAAUAGCCUGCAGGCUUUGAUGCCAAGGCUCAGCAAAUCUCUUAGCAAACUCUUAAAAACUAAGAGCACAACCUUACCCACAAAGCAAGCUAGUGUCACCCUCUUGUCUGCGAUUGUAUCGGUAUUGGAAGGUGGUCUGGAUGGUGUGCUCGGACUUUUUAUUGAGCCACUGGUUGAUGCCACCCGGGGCGGCAGUGCUGUUUCUGGCAGCAACGUCAUCGCUGCCACGGCCGCUGGAGGAAGCGCAGCUACUGCCACAGGCUCUUCACUACGCAUUGAGGUUUUGAGGUUGGUGGGUAAAAUCUGUGAGAAUCACUCGGCACAAGUUGUUGGGGAACAUUUUGACGCCCUCAUACCAGCCAUGAUAACUGCAGUUGAGGAGCCAGCCUAUAAAAUUUCCUCUGAGGCUCUUAACACAGUGGUUUCAAUCGUUAGACUCCUCACCGCAGAAGGCUCUUUAGGAUAUGGUGAAUACCUGAAGGGGUUGUACGAUGUUAUCGUCGCAAAGGUCGGGAAUGGAGAUGCCGACCUCGAAGUAAGGGAGAGGGCAAUUGUUGCAUUAGGAGUUCUUCUUUCCAGGACAUCCGGACAGCCAGCUCUUAUUGGGCCUGAUCGGAGGGCUGCGGCCUUGGGGAUGCUAGUGGACCGUGCGAAGAACGAGACUACCCGCAUCACCGCUGUCAGAGCUAUUGAGGUUAUAGCGAGAAACGCCAAGACCACGAGUGAUAUAACACCUGACUGGGUUAAAGUUGUUGUAGUGGAGUGCGGCGUUCAGCUCCGAAAAGCCAACAGGACCCUCCGUGGCGCUAGUUUGGAUGCAUUGAGGAGCGUUUCCGCUAAUGAGAACUGUCGGGAGGCAAUGGAUCCACAGAGCAAACGGGAUCUGGUAGAGGUUCUCACUACGCUAUUGCCUGCCGGAGAUAUGCAUCUCCUCGCUCCAACAUUGGCCAUCAUCAGGUGGAUGAUCAUCGGUGGUGAUGGGGUUUAUGUCACGGCCGGUAUUAACGAAGGUGUUUGUGGGCUCGUACGAAACAAUCUUGGGUCCGGCCUCGUGGUGGAGAACCUACUUGGGUUGGUAAAAGCCAUCGGAGAAAACGACCCCGAGGGCAAGAAGACCGUGAUGAAUGGCCUCUUACAGGACGUUGGAGUGAAUGGGGAGACGAGCAUUGUGGCUAAAGUUGUUGCACAAUUGCUUGUUAGCGGUGGGGGGAAACAAGGUGGAUUCACGAUAGGGGUCGAGGAGUUCGUUGGUGAAGUGGUUAAGGCCACGGAUGACAAGAGGAAAUGUUUGGCACUAAUGGUGCUUGGAGAAAUUGGUCUCAGAAUGUGAGUUACCCGCAACGAGUUUAGGAUCACUCAAUCCCUAACAAUGCCAUAGGGGCCCUUCGUUCUCUGUUGGGCCGGAGACCUUUCUUGAGCAAUUCCAUGCAAAAAGUGAUGAUGUUCCGAUCGCGGCCGCCGUAGCCUUAGGUCUUGCUAGUGCCGGGAACGUUCAAGGUUAUUUACCUGUGAUUAUGCAGAGGCUUGGAGGUGGUGACAAGGACCAAUAUCUGCUACUUCACUCACUAAAAGAAAUUAUCCAACAUUCUGAUGACACCACCGCAAAUAUCAAACCGUAUGCGGAUCAAAUAUGGAAAGCUCUCUUCUCCAUGGCAAAGAAUGACGACAGCAAAGCAGUAGGAGCGGAGUGCGUUGGUCGCCUCACUAUCAUUGACCCCUAUAGCUAUCUACCGGAGUUGCAGAAACACCUCCAAUCUGAGAGCAGCGCGGUACGUGGAAUGGUUAUUUCAGCCCUCCGAUAUACUUUUACCGACACGGAGGCCUCAUACGAUGAUCUCCUUAGACCAAUUGUUGUGGACUUCCUCACAGUCAUGGUUGACGAUAAGGAACUUGAAAACCGCAGACUUGCCCUAACGGCCUUAAACUCCGCAGCUCAUAACAAGCCCCACUUGAUAGGCCAGCAUCUGCAGAGUCUAUUGCCACUAGUGUACAGAGAAACUGUUGUUCGCCCAGAGCUAGUUAGAGAAGUUCAAAUGGGACCUUUCAAGCACAAAGUUGACGACGGUCUUGAAGUCAGAAAGGUAAUUCACCUCCACUUUCUCCCGACAGUUACAUCACUAACAUCAACAGAGCGCCUACGAAACACUCUACGCCCUCCUAGAAACUUCCUUUUCAGGGAUAGACAUCCAGACAUACUUCGACCGUGUCAUUGCCGGCCUCCAAGACGAACACGACAUCCGCGUUCUCUGCAACCUGAUGUUAACCAAACUUAUUCUCCUCGCCAAGGGUGAAACCCUUCGGCGGCUUGACUCAAUCGCCGAGUGCUUCAAAACAACCCUAAACCAAAAACCUAAGGAGAAUGCAGUUAAGCAAGAACUCGAAAAGCACGCUGAGAGCAUCCGAAGUACCAUGCGCGCAACCGUAGCGCUUAAUCGUACCGCCAUUGGCGCAGGGGUUAGCGGGAAGGCCGGCUGGAACGGGUACUGGGAGUGGGCAAAGGCGGGUUUCCUUAACGAAUUGCAGAUACUUGAGGGCGAGGAACGGGGUGAGUAAGUUUUUAUCGUUAUCAAGCCGGGAAAAAACCUUGUUGAAAGAAAGGGGAGAGGUAAAAAUGGAAAAGUACCAUCACACGACGUCACUCGUUUAGCCCUGUUUGAGUCUUUGCGGAAUUCCUUUUUUUCCCCUCAUCUUAUUUUGCCCAUUUUUUUAUACGAUGGCGAAAAAAUAAGGUUAUAAAAUACAUACCCCCCCCUUUUUUUGGUAACGCACAUGGGGAUCAGUCGUCGUGUGAAAGUAGCCGCAAUAGCUAGACUAUCUGGCCCACAACCCUAAGCACUACGGCAGCCUAACUCCCUGAGCUCACUGUAUCACACUGAAGCCUCCCUUUCCAUCCAACCGGAGCUCCCAUGCGACAGGUUAAGCCAACUCCCCUAUCAUACCACCUCGUUCUACAAUACCAUAAAUCAUCAAUCUUAUCUCACGCCGCAUUACAAAAACGAUAUUCCAAGUCUCCCAAUGCCCAAAGCAAGACACCAUACGAAAAACUCCACCGCACGGUACUCCGUUGGUUUUUCGCAGUUUUUUUCUAUCCAACUAUCCAACCACCGGAGGUAGGGAUGUGGGUUGUAUAAUAUCCCUUUUAUGCUGCUGCUUGGCGCGUGGGUGCGUUGGGGGGAGAAAAACGGAAUUCCAUAUUUAGUAUAGUGGUUUUUGUUUUGUUUUGUCCUGUUUUGUUGAUUGGUAGCACUGGUAUUCACUCGCGCUCCCAGCAGCGGUGCGGAAGAGGGGGGGGUUAUUAUGUGUUUUAAUUAGCUAAAGCUUCUUUGUAAAGGUGAGAG